UUUCUAUCAGAUCUGGUUUUUCUUUUCAAACUAAAUGCGCAUCGUUUUGGCGGCUUAAACUUCACUUUUUUCAUUUCCUAAAAAGUUUCCGGAAGAUGAAGAUCGUCGGUCCUGUCACUCCCGGUCAGGUGUCGUUUUUUCUCGGUAUAUUUCCAGUGAUUUCAGCUUGGAUCUAUGGAGAAUAUUUGGAGUACAAGAAAAAUUCAAUCGCAUCCAAAGCUAGGCACUCUGAUGUGAGUUUAGUUGAAACCGGAAACGAUGUCGUUAAAGAAGAUGAUAGAGCGGUUUUAUUAGAAGGCGGAGGUCUUCAAUCAGCUUCUCCUAAAGCUCGGACUUCAUCAUCUUCUCCCAUUCUCAAGUUUCUUAUGAUGGAUGAGAGUUUCUUGGUUGAGAAUCGGUUGACACUUCGAGCUAUAUCCGAAUUCGGUGUUCUUUUGGCGUAUUAUUAUAUAUGUGACCGCACUGAUGUGUUUGCCUCCUCCAUAAAGAGUUACCAUCGAGAUCUUUUCUUGUUCCUCUACUUCCUUCUCAUCAUAGUGUCGGCAAUAACUUCUUUCAAGAUACACCAUGAUAAGUCACCGUUUUCAGGGAAAUAUAUACUUUAUUUGAACAGACAUCAAACUGAGGAGUGGAAAGGUUGGAUGCAGGUUUUAUUUUUGAUGUACCAUUACUUUGCAGCAACAGAGAUUUAUAAUGCUAUCCGAAUUUUCAUUGCUGCUUAUGUGUGGAUGACUGGAUUUGGGAACUUCUCAUAUUAUUAUGUGCGCAAAGAUUUCAGUCGUGCAAGGUUCGCACAGAUGAUGUGGCGGCUCAAUUUCCUGGUAUUUUUUUGCUGUGUCGUCCUCAAUAAUAGUUAUAUGCUAUACUAUAUAUGCCCCAUGCAUACUCUGUUCACUCUAAUGGUUUAUGGGGCACUCGGUAUUCUCAACAAGUACAAUGAGAAUGGGUUAGUCAUUGCUGUAAAAAUCAUUGCCUGUUUCUUGGUGGUUAUCCUAGUCUGGGAAGUGCCUGGAGUGUUUGAACUUCUCUGGAGCCCAUUUACCUUUUUUCUUGGUUAUACCGAUCCUGCAAAACCAAACUUUCCCCGCUUGCAUGAGUGGCAUUUCCGAUCAGGCCUUGAUCGGUACAUAUGGAUUAUUGGAAUGAUAUAUGCAUACUAUUAUCCAACUGUGGAAAGGUGGAUGGAAAAACUAGAGGAGACUGAGGUGAAGCGGCGGGUAUCAAUAAAAUUGGCUGUGGCCACAAUUGCCCUGAUGAUGGGAUAUUUCUGGUUUGAGUACAUAUACAAGCUUGACAAGAUCACUUACAAUAAGUACCAUCCUUAUACCUCAUGGAUCCCUAUCACUGUCUAUAUAUGUUUACGAAAUGUCACCCAGUCCUUCCGAAGCUACAGUUUGACCCUUUUUGCAUGGCUUGGAAAGAUAACAUUGGAGACCUACAUCUCCCAGAUCCACAUCUGGCUCAGAUCGGGAGUUCCAGACGGUCAGCCUAAACUGCUGCUUUCUCUGAUCCCAGAUUACCCAAUGUUGAAUUUCAUGCUCACCACUUCCAUUUAUGUUGCAAUAUCUUACAGGCUCUUUGACUUAACAAAUAUACUGAAAUCAGCAUUUAUGCCUACAAAAGAUGACAAGCGACUUAUCAACAACUUGAUUACUGGUGUUGUAAUCUCAAGCAUUUUAUACUCGUUAUCUUUGGUGUUCCUCAGAAUCCCACAGAUGUUGGUGUGAGAAUUAUAAAUGUAGAAAUACUCAAAGACGGCCACCACAACCUUGUGCACUGCAGACUUUUACCUUGGCAAUUGAAACGUAAGAUUGCAGAAUUCGUCACAUGAGAUAUAUUCAGAACAUGGAACAUCGGUUGUAUAGGGAAAGGAUCAAAAGACGAAAUAAAACCUCCAAUUGAGGUGUUAUUUUUGUUGUCUAUUAUUUUCCUCGAGUAGAAUAUAGUGACUACAUGAUUCAA